UCUCGAGGGCUGGUAAUGCAGGUAGCAGUCUUACUCUCACCCCUGUUUCAUCCCCUAUUGAUUUUAGGGCGGCGAGGAAAUAUGGCAGUCGGGGUGGAUGCCUAUCCGCCCAAGAUGUACUGCUACUCGAGAAUUCUCAGAUUUUUACUAAUUUCCGCGGUAUUUUGUGUUGGACUGUGCUCGGAAGAUGAGGAGAGACUGGUGCGAGAUUUGUUUAGAGGAUAUAAUAAACUCAUCAGACCCGUCCAAAACAUGACAGAGAAGGUUCACGUACGAUUUGGUCUUGCAUUCGUUCAACUUAUCAAUGUGAACGAAAAAAAUCAGAUAAUGAAAUCAAACGUGUGGUUACGUUUCGUUUGGACGGAUUAUCAACUUCAAUGGGAUGAGGCGGAUUACGGUGGCAUAGGAGUACUCCGUCUUCCUCCCGACAAAGUUUGGAAGCCCGACAUAGUCCUGUUUAACAACGCCGACGGUAACUACGAAGUUCGCUACAAGAGUAACGUCCUUAUUUAUCCAAAUGGUGAAGUCCUCUGGGUACCACCAGCCAUUUACCAGAGCUCCUGCACCAUCGACGUCACAUAUUUUCCAUUUGACCAGCAGACGUGUAUCAUGAAAUUUGGCUCUUGGACAUUCAACGGCGAUCAAGUCUCCCUGGCCCUCUACAACGACAAGAACUUCGUGGAUCUCUCCGAUUACUGGAAGAGUGGUACAUGGGACAUAAUCAGUGUUCCAGCUUAUCUCAACACUUAUCAGACACCCGAACUUCCCACUGAAACCGACAUCACCUUUUAUAUCAUAAUCCGUCGUAAAACUCUCUUCUACACCGUCAACUUGAUCCUUCCAACAGUUCUGAUCUCCUUCCUCUGUGUUCUUGUCUUCUACCUUCCAGCUGAGGCAGGCGAGAAGGUGACUCUUGGUAUCAGUAUUCUCCUGUCACUGGUCGUGUUCCUCCUCUUAGUCAGUAAAAUCCUACCACCGACGUCGCUGGUGCUCCCCCUGAUCGCCAAAUACCUUCUGUUCACCUUCAUCAUGAACACAGUCAGUAUUCUCGUGACGGUGGUGAUCAUCAACUGGAAUUUCCGAGGACCAAGGACCCACCGGAUGCCCCAGAUCAUUCGUAAAAUAUUCCUGAAAGCAUUGCCAACGAUCCUUCUGAUGCGCCGACCCAAGAAAACCAGGUUGAGAUGGAUGAUGGAGAUUCCUAAUGUCACAUUGCCAGCGUCUACCUACUCUGGUAGUCCCACGGAAUUACCGAAACAUCUGCCGGGUUCAAUAGCUAAAUCAAAAAUGGAGAUUAUGGAGUUGUCUGAUCUUCAUCAUCCAAAUUGUAAGAUCAAUAGGAAGGUCCAUCAUACCACGAGUACGUCCAGUACUGCCGGUGGGGGGAAUGAGGUACUCGGGGAUCGAAGGGGAUCGGAAAGCUCGGAUUCGGUGCUGCUGAGUCCGGAAGCUACUAAAGCUACUGAAGCCGUGGAAUUCAUCGCUGAACAUCUUAGAAAUGAAGAUCUCUAUAUACAGACUCGAGAAGACUGGAAGUACGUUGCCAUGGUGAUUGAUCGUCUUCAGCUCUACUUAUUCUUCAUAGUGACAACAGCUGGCACAAUUGGCAUACUGAUGGAUGCACCGCACAUUUUCGAAUACGUCGAUCAAGAUCGGAUUAUUGAAAUUUAUCGUGGAAAGUAAUCAGUAAUCAGUCCAUUCUACUUAAGGAUUCAUUGUCGAUAUCUUCUCAUUUUUCGAUUUCAUUACAAAUUCCUGGGAAACAGCUGAUUAAAUUGAUCGUAAAAAAUAUUCUGCUUUCAAUUUUGAAUAUUUGUGGGUCACUGAAUAAGACAAAAUUGGAAAAUGGCACAUUUUUUAAUCGCCAGGUAAUUCAUAGAGUCCCAGAAAUUGACAAAGAACAUGAAAAAUGAGGGGGAAGACAAAACGACGAAUUCUCUGAGCUCAGUAUCCUACUUCCGAAUGUACAAUUGAUUUUUUUAAGUUUAUACACGAACUAUCACAUUAUCAAUAUUAAUUCUUCGCCCGUAACUGAUUUUAGAAACAUAAGGAGAUGAUUUGAGUUUCCAUCCCAGUUGAUUAAAAAGAUACCAAAUACUUCUGAGCAUCGAUUGAGCAUAUUCAAUAGAAGUGAUGAAUAUUAAUGAAACGAUAACCGUAGAUACACUAUAACGAUUAUAAGUGGAGGACCUCGUAAAACAAUCACGCGUAAUUAAAUUUUCAUGGUAAACGAAAAAUGUCCCGCUCUCCUUUUGACAGUUUCCGAAAAGUCUUCCUUACGAAUAAAUACAAUAAUUAGGAAUUUACUAGUCAAAUGUAAGGAUAACUCUCGAAGUGAAGUGUUUAGUACAUUUUGUUACGGUUGUUCUACCAGAUGCUGAACAAUUUAUUACGUAAUUACCCCAAUGCAAUUAUCAUGUGAUUGCCAGGCGAAAUUUAGCUGAUACAUAGGUGUAAUCAGGGUAAUGCUCAAUAUUGAAAUUAAAGAUGAUAAAACACAAUCUUGUAGAUCAGAUUCAAUGGUAAGAACGUUAAUCUACAUUAACACCAUAAUUGAUUCACUCAUUAAAACCCUGAGAUGAGACUCAUUGUGUCGUAGGAGAAUCGUUCAUUGCUUGUUAGAUUACUAUAUUUAUAAUUCAGUUUUGUUAUUCAGUAAAUUAAUAUAAUCUACUCCCUGCUAACGUGGCUUUACCGAACAAACGGAGAUUUAGGAAACGCGAUACAUUGAUGCCUAUUUAGUCCCAUCGUGUGUGUAAGUGAACUGCCUUUCGAUCCACUACAAGACCAUGUAUCUCUUAAAAUUGAUCAAUCUUUUUUUUUCUAGUCAUAAUUCGAGAAGGUGUGUGAGUAAGCAUGCCAUGUCUUUAAUAAACUCAUUAUGAACAAUUUCA